GUGGACGAGCACGGCAGCCCUGUCCUGCGCAAGCUCGCGACGUCGCCUGGUUCUCCAGCCCAGAAGGUUUGGCAAGGGGCAAAAAUGAGCCCUCACCGUGGCCGCUUGGAGAAGAUCAAUGAGCAGCAGUCGACUAUGGCUACGGUCGAGGCUGGAUGUGCAAAAGAUGAGCAGUCGCCCCUGGGCGAGGCUGGCGAUCCGCCACCCGCGGAUGACUACAGCUGCUGGGGCUUCAUCGUUCAGCACGAGCACGCCGUCAAGUUUUUGAAAGUGAAGAGUGUGAGCAGUGGUGCCAUCAGGGGGAAGACAGUUGAAGUUCGUACUACUCCGAACAAGACGAGGACGAGGGGCAUGACGGUGUACAUCUUGGAGCGGGGCAACAACAAGGGUAAGUGCUGCUGGGUUAUUGUCGCUCAGGGCAUUUGGGACGGAUACGAGACCUACAAAUCGCGCGCAGACUACGACGCCGAUUUUGACAAGCACCUGACUCCUUGGGACGCGCUGCCCGACAACAACAAGGCAGUGAACUUCGCCACGAAAUUUCUGUACGCCUGGAAACUCAAAGACGUGCAGCCUUUUACUUCCAGUGAUGGUCUUCCGGUCAAGGAGCCCAUGGCCAUUCCAUGGAACAAAGAGCGGGUCUGGGUCAACUUCCGGAUGUUCGACGUCUUUGCGAUGCCAGCAACAAUGUCUGCGCUUGCCAGCCUUCUGAAAAAGGAGACCGAUGACUUCGCUGCAGACGUCACCAGGACAGAGCUGCUCGAGGAGGGCGAUCGUCGCACGAGCGUCAUCAGGGGGAGGGCCAUCGCCGCCGCGGCGAAGACCGUGCAGAAGUCAGAGGUUCCGCGCGAGGAGCGCGAGCAGCCUGCGAUGCAGCCCGCCUCCUCAAUUUCGGGGUCGACGCCAGCCGCUGCAACGAAACAGCUGACCGACGAUGAGGAGCCCGGCGCCAUGGAGGACGAACUGUUCGGCAGCCCCGCCAGGCCGCCCAGUGCGAGGGCGCCGAGCCCCGCCCAGCCCGAGGCAGUCGGAAGCAGCCCAUCGCCGCAAGUGUUGUUCUCGAUGGAUUCGACCCUGCCGAGCAUGUCGAGCGAGAACGUCAACGAGGGCGGCGCGGGCGUUGACUUCCCGAUGCCAGACGCUCUACAG